AUGGCCGCCCCGAGCAAAUCCUCACCGCGGGCCGGCCCAUCCCAGCGCCCCAUCGCACCAAACAUCAACACAUCCUCCUCGGGCCCACAGAGAAAAGACACCUACCCCCCACACACGCCGAGUGCGCUGUCCAACGUCUCCUCGCCCGUCGCGAGCACCUCCGCACCGCCAAAACGCGCCCUCGAGCCCGCAAGCGAUACGCCCAAUUGCCGCGGCCCGACCCAGGGACCGGAACGCAAGUCGGACCGCCCGCAGAGCAUCAUCGACCCCGCAACGGGCAAAAAGAAGCGCAUCAGUUUGAGCUGUGCCCAGUGCGCGAAGCGAAAGCAAAAGGAACACCCAGCAGUAACAUCCAUACUGACACCCAGUGCAACAGAGAGUACCCAUGUCAACAUUGUGAGUAGUGUGCUGCUUUUGCGGCGAGUAUCCCGCCAGAAGACUGACGUUGCAGGUCUCGCGAGAAAAGUCCCUGAACUAUGCGUGCCCUACACCCCCGUCUCAAGCUCGAACAACACGGCCGGCCUCGACCCCGCGACGCAGGAACGCCUUGAGCGUAUGGAAAACGUCCUCUCCGUCGUUGUGCGGCACAACCCCGGUAUAGGCGGGUACGAUGCCGUCCGAGAGUGGCUCAGCUCGUCCGCGUUCCAGCGCUUCCUGGCGACGACGCCCUCGACACCCGUGUCGCCUUCAGCUCUGAUCCCGCAUCACCUGCAUAACCCCGCGUCCUCAAGUGGCAGCAAUCGGCCAAAAGUGGCAUCUACGCCGCAUACAAUCAAUACGGAUGAGAUCGAGCACAUCGACAAGCCGGGCGAGGAGGAGUCGCGAAUCGGCAAGGGCUGGUUGGGAGAUGUGGACGGCGGUGUCCCGGAAACUAUGCGCACCGACGAAAGCGUGACGAUGCGGAUCGACAUGCAUGGCACGCCGGCCGAGAACUUGCAGCGCCUGAUCACCGACUGUGGCGUGUCGCCGCACAAGGUGCAGGAGCUGAUCCAGGAGCUGCCGCCGAAACCAUUUGCCGACCGACUGAUUGACUGGUUCUUCUCGAACCUGAAUCUGGUGCGGUAUCCGAUUGACGAGCGGUUGUUUCGGAUAUCUUACGAGGACCUGUACAACAAGACGACGUCGGUGGACCCGGCCAACGUGCGCGCGCUCCCACUCGUGUUCAUCGUGCUCGCCAUGGCUGUCCGACUGGUACCCGAAGGGUGGGCGGGGGACGAGAACACGCGAAAAAUCUCCUCAUUGAGGAUGUACUGGAGCUCCCGCCGAAGCAUUCUCAUUGCGACAGCGCUGCAGUCUGAAUCCAUCGAACUCGUCGUCACCCGUCUUCUGUCUGCCAUGUACCUCGUGCAGAUCCACGACCGGCGCCUGACCGAGUGCUGGUCCCAGCUGGGCGCGAGUCUGCGCACGGCACAGGCCAUUGGUCUCCAUCGUGACGGCACCAAGCUCGGCCUCGACCCGUUCCAGACGGAAUACAGGAGACGACUGUGGAGUUAUCUCUACCAUGCGGACAGGCUUUAUUCGCUGAUCCUGGGGCGGCCGCCGAGUAUCUCGGACGCGUAUACUGAUGCCCUUCCCCCCUCGAACGUCGAUCUGAACGAGUACGACCUGCACAACGCACACGCGCCGCUGCCGCAGCCGAAACCCCUGUCCGAGCCGACGACAGCGACCUUUUUGAUUCUGCGCCGGCAGCUGUCGGCCAUUAUCGGCCGGAUUGUGCACCACUUCCAGAAACUCAACGAGCCGGCGCAGUACGCGGACGUGCAGCGGUUGCAGGAGGAAUUGGACCAGUUCACGCAGAGUCUGCCCCCGCAUUUCAGGAUGAAGGAUGCGGACAAGAGUCUGGACAAGCAACACUUCUGGCUCCCCGUCCACCGAUUCACACUGCUCACCGAGGUGCUCGUGACGACCAUCAUCCUGCACCGGCCAUGGCUCCUGCGCCGCCUUAGCUCCAAUCGCUAUUCCAGUUCCCGCGUGGCAUGCUUCGAGAGCGCGAAACUCGACUUUGAGAUCCGGCAGUCGUUCGCACAAGAAGUGCCCAACUCGCACAUGUACUCGGCCACGGGCCCGUUCAAGAUGUUCAACAGCGCGAUGAUUGCGGGCAUCAGUGCCAUCAUCGACCCGCGGGGUUCUGAUAGCGAGCAAAUGCGCCGCAUCCUGUCGACGUUCCUGCGUCAACACCCCUUGGAGGAGAUAGAGAAUCUGGACGAAACGACCAAGAAGGAAGUCUCUAUCAUACAUACGCUGAGCAGGAGGGCGGCACAGAUCUUCGAAGACACGAUGGGACCCGGCGAGCUGAACGCUCAAGACAAGGAUUCAGUUGCGCUGUUGUUGGGACUGAGGCAGGGCGAGGACCCCUCUUCUUCUGCGCCGCCGCCGACUCCCGCCCAAUCUGGAGCUGGAGGGCAAGUGAGGAGACCCACGCAGAGCUGGACAAAGUACAUCACAACCUACGGGCAGCCUGCGGCCGUGCAGCCGAGUCCGGCCUCAAGCGAGGGCGAAGACCACUCCCAGCGCCUGCUCGACCAGUGGCUAGCCCAGAACAGCAUGGACGCCGUCGUGCCCUUUUCGCCCUCGGUGUCAUUCGGCUUCCCCAACAUCCCGCAACCACUCAACCCAUCCUUGACGCCCAUGCCAUUCCCACACACGCCGCCUACGUUUGGCAAUCCCGCCCAAACGCCUGGUCCCUCUACUCAACACAAUCAGCACGGACAGGUCGGCACGCCCAUUGGCGGAGGGUUUGUCUGGGGCUCAGGCGGCGAGGAACACGUCCAUCAGGAACUCCCCACGGGUCUCGAUGGCACGGUGCUCGGCGUCGGGAGUGUGAAUGCCGAGGGAAGGGAGAAUGACGAGUAUUGGAAUACGCUGAUUGAUGGGAUUUUGGGCGGGCCGGGGAUGCCGCCGAGUCAUCCGGCACAGUAG